GCGGCUGAGGGGACAGAGUCCGGCGGGCGGCGGCGGGCGGCGAGGGGGAGCCACGCCGAGGGCCCUCGCUCCCCGCCGCUCUCCAUGAGCCGGGCCGCCUGAGCCGCGCCUGCAGUCGGGCCGCGCCUCCAUGACUCCCUAGCUGCUGCUUUCUCUCCGGUCCUCACCCCCCGCCCGGCUCCCGUCCCGCCUUCUCCCUCGGCCGCGCCGCUGGCCGCCUUCAGGUGCGGAGUCCCGAGCGGAGCGCCAUGGCGUCCAACCCCGACCGUGGGGAGAUCCUCCUCACCGAGCUGCAGGGAGAUUCCCGGAGUCUUUCAUUUUCUGAGAACGUGAGUGCUGUUCAAAAAUUAGACUUUUCAGAUACGAUGGUGCAACAGAAAUUGGAUGACAUCAAAGAUCGAAUCAAGAGAGAAAUAAGGAAAGAACUGAAAAUCAAAGAAGGAGCUGAAAAUCUGAGGAAAGUCACAACAGAUAAAAAAAAUUUGGCUUAUGUAGACAACAUUUUGAAAAAGUCAAAUAAAAAAUUAGAAGAAUUACAUCACAGGCUACAAGAAUUGAAUGCACACAUUGUUGUAUCAGAUCCAGAAGAUGCUGCAGAUUGUCCAAGGACUCCAGAUACUCCAAAUAGUGAUUCUCGUAGUUCUACUAGCAACAAUAGAUUGAUGGCCUUGCAGAAACAACUGGAUAUAGAGCUUAAAGUAAAGCAAGGUGCAGAGAACAUGAUACAGAUGUACUCAAAUGGCUCUUCAAAGGAUCGGAAACUCCAUGGUACAGCUCAGCAACUGCUCCAGGAUAGCAAGACAAAAAUAGAAGUCAUCCGAAUGCAGAUUCUUCAGGCUGUCCAGACCAAUGAGCUGGCUUUUGACAAUGCAAAACCUGUGAUUAGUCCUCUUGAGCUUCGAAUGGAAGAAUUAAGGCAUCAUUUUAGGAUAGAGUUUGCAGUAGCAGAAGGUGCAAAGAAUGUCAUGAAAUUACUUGGCUCAGGAAAAGUAACAGACAGAAAAGCACUUUCAGAAGCUCAAGCAAGAUUUAAUGAAUCAAGUCAGAAAUUGGACCUUUUAAAAUAUUCGUUAGAGCAAAGGUUAAAUGAACUUCCCAAGAAUCAUCCCAAAAGCAGUAUUGUCAUUGAGGAGCUUUCACUUGUUGCAUCACCAACCCUAAGUCCGCGACAGAGCAUGAUAUCCACGCAGAACCAGUAUAGCACACUAUCCAAACCAGCAGCGCUAACCGGUACUUUGGAAGUCCGUCUCAUGGGAUGCCAAGAUAUCCUAGAGAACGUCCCUGGACGGUCAAAAGCAGCAUCGGUUGCACUGCCUGGAUGGAGUCCCAGUGAAAACAGAUCAUCUUUUAUGAGCAGAAGUAGUAAAAGUAAAAGUGGAAGUAGUCGCAAUCUCCUGAAAACCGAUGACUUAUCCAAUGAUGUCUGUGCUGUUUUGAAGCUAGAUAAUACUGUGGUUGGUCAAACUAGCUGGAAGCCUAUUUCCAAUCAGUCAUGGGACCAGAAGUUUACACUGGAACUAGACAGGUCACGUGAACUGGAAAUUUCAGUUUAUUGGCGUGAUUGGCGAUCUCUGUGUGCUGUAAAAUUUCUGAGGUUAGAAGAUUUUUUAGACAACCAGCGGCAUGGCAUGUGUCUCUAUUUGGAACCACAGGGUACUUUGUUUGCAGAGGUUACUUUUUUUAAUCCAGUUAUUGAAAGGAGACCAAAACUCCAAAGACAAAAGAAAAUUUUUUCAAAACAACAAGGCAAAACAUUUCUCAGAGCUCCUCAAAUGAAUAUUAAUAUUGCCACUUGGGGAAGGCUAGUGAGACGAGCUAUUCCCACAGUAAAUCAUUCUGGCACAUUCAGCCCUCAGACUCCUGUGCCCGCAACAGUACCAGUGGUUGAUGCACACAUCCCUGAACUCGCUCCUCCAGCCAGUGAUUCUACAGUAACCAAAUUGGACUUUGAUCUUGAACCUGAACCUCCUCCAGCCCCACCACGUGCUUCUUCCCUUGGAGAGAUAGAUGAAUCUUCCGAAUUGAGAGUUUUGGAUAUACCUGGACAGGGUUCAGAAACUGUUUUCGAUAUUGAGAAUGACAGAAAUAACAUGCGUCCAAAAUCCUGUUCUGAAUAUGAGCUUGACAUUCCUGACUCAGGUCGAAGCUGUUGGAGUGUUGGAGAGCUUGAGGAAAAUAGAUCUCAACAAAGGUUUCAGUUCAAUCUACAAGACUUCAGGUGCUGUGCUGUCUUGGGGAGAGGACAUUUUGGAAAGGUGCUGUUGGCGGAAUAUAAACACACAAAUGAAAUGUUUGCUAUAAAAGCCUUAAAGAAAGGAGACAUUGUGGCUCGAGACGAAGUAGACAGCCUGAUGUGUGAAAAAAGAAUUUUUGAGACUGUGAAUAGUGUCAGGCACCCCUUUCUGGUGAACCUUUUUGCGUGUUUCCAAACAAAAGAGCAUGUUUGCUUUGUGAUGGAGUACGCUGCAGGUGGGGACCUGAUGAUGCACAUCCAUACCGAUGUCUUCUCUGAACCCAGAGCUGUAUUUUAUGCAGCAUGUGUAGUUCUCGGGUUACAAUAUUUACAUGAGCACAAAAUUGUUUAUAGAGAUUUGAAGUUGGAUAAUUUGUUGCUAGAUACAGAAGGCUUUGUGAAAAUUGCUGACUUUGGUCUUUGCAAAGAAGGAAUGGGGUAUGGAGAUAGAACAAGCACAUUUUGUGGUACUCCUGAAUUUCUUGCCCCAGAAGUAUUGACAGAAACAUCGUACACAAGGGCUGUAGAUUGGUGGGGCCUUGGCGUACUUAUAUAUGAAAUGCUCGUUGGAGAGUCUCCCUUUCCUGGUGAUGAUGAAGAAGAGGUAUUUGACAGUAUUGUAAAUGACGAAGUAAGGUAUCCAAGGUUCUUAUCUACAGAAGCCAUUUCCAUAAUGAGAAGGCUGUUGAGAAGAAAUCCUGAGCGGCGCCUGGGAGCUGGUGAGAAAGAUGCAGAAGAUGUAAAGAAGCACCCAUUUUUCCGGCUAACUGACUGGAGUGCUCUGAUGGACAAAAAAGUAAAGCCGCCAUUUGUACCUACCAUCAGAGGACGGGAAGAUGUUAGUAAUUUUGAUGAUGAAUUUACCUCAGAAGCACCUAUUCUGACUCCACCUCGAGAGCCAAGGAUACUUUCGGAAGAGGAACAGGAAAUGUUCCGAGAUUUUGACUACAUUGCUGAUUGGUGUUAAGUUACUGGACACUGUGAAACCAAGCAAACUGACUAAAAAGAAGACCUCUUGAAAACAGCACCCUUUAUUUGCCUUCUGUGCCACCAGGAGCUUCCAAGGUUUUUAACGCACAUGAGGAUGUGGUUAAAGUACUCUUUUAAUACCUUCUCAAUGUUUUUAACGUAAAUCUGAACACUGGAAGCUGUUUCAUGGAGUUUAGGCUGAGUGAACAUUGGCCAUGGAAAUCCAUUAUAAAUAAAUACUUUUACAU